AUGGCCAAAUCAUCAAAACUCAUCAAGCAAACAACACUAGUGGUUUUCAUGGUCAUGCUGGUUAUGGGGUUUUGGCCAGGAGGACAGGCACAAAUUUCUUGUGAUACGGUGUCCAGUAACCUCUAUCCAUGCCUCAGUUUUGUUGUUAAUGGGGGUACACUCGACCCUGCUUGCUGCGGUGGAUUUAAGGCUCUUGUUACAUUGGCAAAAACCAACGUUGAUCGUCAGAGUAUAUGUUAUUGCCUGAAAUCCCUUCUUUCAAAUGCCCCUAAUGAUGAUGAGAUCAAGAAUGCUGGUAGCAUUCCUGGACUCUGUGGUGUUAAUCUUCCCUACACCAUCAGCCGUGAUAUCGACUGUUCAAAGCAUGAUGUAUUUGACCAUGAUUUGCAUCUGAUUCUGGUGCCUGUAACUGAUGGGGCUAUGGCACAAAUUUCUUGUGACACCGUCAAGAAUGACUUAUCUCCAUGCGUUAGCUUUAUCAUGAAUGGAGGAAAAGUUUCUCCUGCUUGCUGCAGUGGGCUUAAUACUCUACUCAGCCGAGCAAAGACUAGAACUGAUCGCCAGAGUGCUUGUUCCUGUUUGAAAUCUGUUGUUGAAAGUGCUACUGAUGAUCAACUCAAGAAUGCUGCUCAAAUUCCUCAUUCAUGUGGUGUUAAUCUGCCAUUUAAAAUCUCACGUGAUGUCGACUGCUCAAAGUAA